AUGACGUCUGCACUUGCGCAAUUGCCUGCCCAGUUUGCGCAGGCCAUCAAGCUUAUCGAUCAUGCGCAUGCGCAAGAUCCACGCGAGGCCAAGAAUACGGGCAAAGAUAAAGUUCCUCAUGAACUGCACUACGCCCGGCAAAUGACCUCGUGGCUGGCGAUCCGCUGUCCAGAGGCAUCUCCGAUUUUACAAGUUGCGUGCCGCGCGCAACAUUUUCAACGAUGGGAGAUUCCGCGAGACUCGUUCCCGCGGACCCGGCCAGGGUACUUGACUUGGCGUGCAAAGCAAAAAGCGCAGGCUGCUUCGCAAGUCGCAGACUUACUCGGCGCCCCCGAAAUCCAGCCUGAGAUUGCCGAACAAGACCGCGCUCGGAUCGCAGCGCUGAUUCGUAAAGAGAAGCUCGACUCGGAUCCCGAGGCGCAGGCCCUCGAGGACGUGGCUUGUCUCGUCUUUCUGGACGACCAGUUUGACGACUUUGAGAAGCGCGACGACGUGGACGAGGAGAAGAUUGUCAACAUAUUGAGGAAGACGUGGGGGAAGAUGAGCCCGCAAGGUAGGGAAAUUGCGCUGGAAAUGAAGUUGAGCGACAGGGCCAAGACUUUGAUUGGAAAAGCGUUGGCGAGCGCGGAUGCUUCUUGA